AUGUUCGGCCGCGGCUCCCGCAAGCGGCUCUCCGGCCGGUCGCUGACGGCAUCGGGGGAGCCUGAGCGGGGCCAGCCCUGCAACACCUGCGGGGAUCAGUGUCCCGGCUUCGCCCUGCACAAGUGGAGGAAGAUUUGCCUUCACUGUAAGUGUUCCCAGGAAGAGCACAUUGUAACAGUUAUGCCUCUGGAGAUGGAGAAGACCGUCACAAAGCUCAUGUUUGACUUCCAGAGGAAUUCGACUUCUGACGACGACUCGGGCUGUGCCUUAGAAGAAUACGCAUGGGUACCCCCGGGCCUGAAGCCUGAGCAGGUGCACCAGUACUACAGCUGCCUGCCCGAGGACAAGGUGCCCUAUGUCAACAGUCCGGGAGAAAAAUCUCGCAUCAAACAGCUUUUGCACCAGCUGCCACCACACGACAAUGAGGUCCGCUAUUGCAACUCGUUGGAUGAGGAGGAGAAGAGAGAGCUCAAACUCUUCAGCAACCAAAGGAAGAGGGAAAACUUAGGGAGAGGCAAUGUCCGGCCAUUCCCUGUAACCAUGACAGGAGCCAUCUGUGAGCAGUGCGGCGGCCAGAUCAAUGGAGGGGACAUGGCUGUCUUCGCCUCACGAGCAGGGCACGGCGUCUGCUGGCACCCUCCCUGCUUCAUCUGCAGCGUCUGCAAUGAGCUGUUGGUCGACCUGAUCUACUUCUACCAAGAUGGGAAGAUCUACUGUGGCAGGCACCAUGCUGAGUGCCUCAAGCCCCGCUGCGCAGCAUGCGACGAGAUCAUUUUUGCUGAUGAAUGCACCGAGGCUGAAGGACGGCACUGGCACAUGAAGCACUUCUGCUGCUUUGAAUGCGAGACAGUGCUGGGGGGUCAGAGGUACAUCAUGAAGGAUGGCAGGCCCUACUGCUGCAGCUGCUUCGAGUCCCUCUAUGCCGAAUACUGUGACACCUGUGCCCAGCACAUAGGCAUCGACCAGGGUCAGAUGACAUACGAUGGCCAGCACUGGCACGCCACCGAGACCUGCUUCUGCUGUGCGCAGUGUAAGAAGUCCCUGCUGGGACGACCCUUCCUGCCCAAGCAGGGGCAGAUCUUCUGCUCCAGGGCCUGCAGCGUCGGUGAUGACCCCAACGGCUCCGACUCCUCUGACUCGGCUUUCCAGAGUGCGCGAGCCAAGGAGUCCCGCCGCAGCGCCAAGAUUGGCAAGAACAAGGGGAAAGGCGAGGAGGGGGCGCGCAGCCCGUGCAACCAGCUGCAGGUCACCUCCAACCGCCUCUCCACAGACGUGGACCCACUGUCCCUGCAGAUGGAUUUGCUGAGCCUGGCCAGCCAGACACCAAGCCUCAACAGGGAGCACUUGUGGAGGAGCCGGGAUGAGCUCUAUCACUACGGGAACAAAAUGGAGCAAAGUCAGUCCCAAAGCCCUUUGCAGCUUCUCAGUCAGUGCAACAUAAGGACCUCCUAUAACCCCAGCCAGGUCCCAGGCUCACAGUCGGAUUUAUGGGCAAAACAUUUCAGCAACCAAAAGAGGAGCUCCUCGCUGGCGAUGAAAAGCCACAGCGGCAGCUUCAUCCAGGAUUGCAGAGAGGACUACUACUCGGGGAGGCUUCGCUCACAGGAGAGCUACAGUGACAUGUCCAACCAGAGCUUCCCGGAGACCAGAGGAAAUCUCAAAGUCCCCAAGUAUGAAGAGGAAGAGGAAGGCGGGAUGCCAACACCGCAAUGCCGCACCCGUCACCCCAUCAAUGCCCUGAAGUUCUCAGAGGACCUGACGCCCACCGAGCAGACUCCCCGUGGCUCCAUGGAAUCUCUUGCACUCUCCAAUGCGACAGGCCUUUCAGCAGAUGGUGGAGCCAAGCGCCAAGAGCACCUCUCCAGGUUCUCGAUGCCUGACUUGAGCAAAGACUCAGGCAUGAACGUCUCAGAGAAGAUGAGCAACAUGGGGACGCUGAACUCCUCCAUGCAAUUCCGAAGCGCCGAGUCCGUCCGCAGCCUGCUUUCAGUGCAGCAGUACCAGGACAUGGAGCCAAACCUUCACGACCUCGCCAGCCCCCUCGGGUACCGAGAGCGACCAUCGCACGGGCGGAUGCACCAGAGCUUCGACUACGGCAGCGGGGUGCCCGGGGGCAAUCUGGGGGUGCAGGAGGUCUCGAGGCACGCCCCCAUGAGCGAGCGCACGCGCCGCCGAACUACCCUGCGGGAUGACGACCGACACUACCGCCCGCACCGGCCCCGGCGCUCUCGCCGGUCCCGCUCGGAUAACGCCUUGCACCUGGCCAGUGAGCAGUGCUACCGGCUGAAGGAAAGACCCUCACUGCGAGCCAGGGAAGACUACGACCAGUUCAUGCACCAGAGGAGCUGCAGGGAGACGAUGGAGCAGGGUCCCCGCAGGGACGUCUAUGGCCACUGUCCCCGGACAGUGUCGGAUCUCGCCUUGCAGAACCACUUGGGCGAGAGAUGGGGGCCCUACUUUGCUGAAUACGACUGGUGCUCGACCUGCUCCUCCUCUUCAGAGUCUGACAACGAGGGCUACUUCCUUGGGGAGCCGAUUCCCCAACCUGCCCGCCUGCGGUACGUGACCAGCGAGGAGCUGCUGCACAAGUACGGCUCAUACAGCAUGCCCAAGUCUUCCACGCUGAGCAGCAGGGGACAGUUGCACAGCCGGAAAAGACAGAAGAGCAAAAACUGUAUCAUAUCCUAA